AUGGCUCUCUCAGCUGUUGCAUGGAGAGCGACUCCAAGAGCAUCCUCCUAUACCUAUAACAGUCACCAUCUAUUGCGCCCUAUCCUACGCCGACAAGUCCAUUCCGAAUCCCAAUCCUCCUCUCGAAUGCGUAUGAGGCUCCAAUCGUUCAAUAACCGCCUUCCAAAGUUUCUUCGGUCCUAUACAACGCCCCUUUUCGAUGCUCCAGUCACACACAUAACCUCGUUCCUUAUCCUUCACGAAUUAACAGCUAUUGUACCACUUUUUGGUCUUGCUGGGGUAUUCCAUUAUGGCGGAUGGCUGCCAUCUCUGGGCAAUUCAGAUGGAACCUCGCUUGUGGAUGAAGGAGUCAGGAAGUUCGGAAAAUGGCUUCGGAAGCGAGGAUGGGUACAAGAUGCCGAAGAUAUAUCUACCAUGGACGCGAAGGCAAUACAGGCUGAAGACAGCGCGAGCGAGCUUACUGCAAAAGAUAAUCAAGGUCUACGGUUAAUACUGGAAUUUGCUACAGCGUACGCGAUUACCAAAGCAUUACUCCCAGUGAGGAUUGCUUGGAGCAUAUGGGCAACUCCAUGGUUUGCGAGAACAGUUCUUGGACCUGUUGGACGAGCCAUUGGACGGCUGACCUCUGGAAAUAAAGGAAGAUAG